AGACGAAGCUGACAUUCAACCGAGAACUACCCAGAAGAACUCCGUUUAGAAAUGUCAUAUUUUUCGUGUAUACCUUAAGAAAUAUCAUUAGAAACGCAAAUCAACCUAUAAGCGUGUUGAUUUGGGAAGUAUUAACCUGAACGUUUCGCUCUGUUGUUGAACUUUACUCGGUAACCGUUCGAGAUAGCUUCAGGAGAGCGCUGAAGCUAACAUUGCUAACUAGCUCAAAAUAGCUGUGGCGUUAGCUCGAUGCUAAGUUGUGUCGAAAUGGCGGCCAACACGACACAAACAGCACCCUCAACAAACUGGUCCUACGGUGGUGCUACCGAAGGCCAGGUUCAUGAGAAUCCAGAAUGGGAGAAAGCGAGACAAGCUUUAGCCUCCAUUAACAAAAGUCAGAAUACGACCAAGACUGCACAAGCUACUGCAACAACAGAGGCCAGUCAGUUUCAGCAAGGAGCGACAGAAGCUCUUCAGCAGCAGCAGUACUAUCAGUGGUACCAGCAAAAUCAGCAACAGUACCCUGGAUAUACCUACCCUUAUAAUUACUACUACCCCAUGGCACCAUAUGGUGGAGCGUAUCCUCCAAACCAAUACAAUGUACCACAAGGGCAUUUUCCAGGAUCUCCAGCUACAAAUGGACAGCCUCCUCCAGUUCCUGGAAUUGAAGACCAGUCAGCCAGUUUCUCUUCUCAGCCCCAGCCUCCACCCCCUUCCACUCCCCAACCACCCCAAAGCCCCUCUGAAAAACCCCCUCCUCCCCCACCCAUUCCUCCCCCACCCAACACCCAGUACCCCCCACCCCCCUCCCAGAAUACCUAUAACCCACCAAACUCUAUGUCAUAUCAACCUUCUGACCCUAACCAGAUGCAGGUAUACAAUCAUUCACAGGGAAGGUCUGGUUAUGGGCAGGGCUUUCAGUCUCAAAACAAGUAUCCAGCUACUGGUGCUCCACAACAGCAGCCGGGCCAGUUUGGCCCUGGUGCUGGAAGAGGAGAGGCUAACAAGGCGAAAAACCAGAAGCAAGGACAGCAACUUUGGCACCGCAUGAAACAAGCCCCAGGGACUGCUGCUCUUAAAUUCAAUUUUCCCAAAAGACCAUAUCAGGUUCCGUGCUCUUCAGCCAAUCAGGCUUUUUCUUCUGGGGACCAGGCCUCAGGAGUGAACCCCUCUCCUUCUUCACCUGCUGCUGCCACUGCAGCACCUGGAGUUCCACAGCCUCGCCCACAGGACUGGCCCCAGGCAAUGAAGGAAUAUGUGCAGCGAUGCUUCACUGCCUGUGAGACAGAGGAAGACAAAGAUCGAACCGAGAAAGUGUUGAAGGAGAUUUUACAGGACCGGCUGAAGGAUGGCUCUGCGUACACCAUAGACUGGACCAGAGAGCCUUUACCUGAGCUUAAAGCUAAAUCUCGCUGGGAGAGUCAGCGGUCGUCGGAGAGCUCUAUGGGUCGUGGUGGGAGCACAGGAGCUGCCUCUAGAGGAAGAGGACACAGAUUAGGAAAUUAUAGAAAUAUCUUCACACAGAGAAGUCCUUCAUCUAGUUCUUCUCAUUCCUCCUCCCGCUCACCUUCCCCCUCUCACAGCCGUCAUCGGGAUCGCAGCAACCAAAGGCACAGGAGAAGUGACUCCGGCUCACAGUCAGACAGCAGCAUGUCCAGUGACCUGCGCCCACAGCUGUCAAGGCGAGGUCAGAAAGGGGCUCGUGGCCGUGGAAACAACAGAGACCGCGGGCGGGGCAGAGGAAGCAAAGCAAACAGAGGCAGAAGAAACAUGGAAGAUACAAGUUCCCCUAUUCCUAAGAAAAGGAAAGGAGGAAAUGCAGGUCUUGACUUCCACGACCCAAACCGUGAGGCCAAAAAACAGAGCCGAGCAGCUCGGUUUCACAAACAGCUCCGCUCUGAGCCUCUGGUGCUUUCCAUCAACACCUUGGAGUUGCCUGAUGGGACACAGGAGGGACUCAACUGGGAAGACUGUCCCAUUGUGGGAACCUGUCAGGAUAUCACUAAGCCCUAUUUAAGACUGACCUGUGCCCCAGACCCCUCCACUGUGCGCCCCGUUCAGGUGCUGAAGAAGUCUCUUGAAGCUGUAAAAGCCGAUUGGAAAAACAAUCAAGACUACGCUUAUGCGUGUGAACAGAUGAAGUCUAUUCGACAGGACCUCACAGUCCAAGGAGUUCGUACCGACUUCACAGUGGAAGUGUACGAAUGUCAUGCUCGAAUUGCUCUUGAAAAGGGUGACCAUGAAGAGUUUAACCAGUGUCAGACACAGCUGAAGGCUUUGUAUAAGGAUAAUCCCUCUGAAAACGUUGGAGAGUUUACAGCAUAUAGAUUGAUAUAUUACAUAUUCACUAAAAAUUCUGGGGACCUCACUACAGAGCUGGUGUACUUGACUCCGGCACUCAGGGCAGAUGUGUGUGUAGCACAUGCGCUGUCACUCCGUGCUGCCUGGGCCUUAGGAAACUAUCAGCGCUUCUUUAAACUCUAUCUCCAAGCUCCUCGCAUGACUUCAUACCUCAUUGACAAGUUUGUAGAGAGGGAAAGAAAGGUCGCUCUUCGGGCCAUAGUCAAAACGUUUAGGCCUGAUUUGCCUGUGCAGUAUGUUCAGUCCACUUUAGGCUUUGAUUCUUUAGACUCCUGUAUGAUGUUCCUUACUGGGCUCGGUGUUGCCUUCACUGCCUAUGACCCCCAAAAGAUAGACUGCAAAGCUAGCACAGCUAUUCUAGCUGCCUCAUGAGCCAGGGUGUUUAGUGACCCCUAUGGACCCUUUUAUAUAUUAAAGUAUUAUAUGCACUGCACUUGAGAUCAGUAGACCAGCUGACACCCGAGCCUGCCCUCGCUUGUACAUAAUGUCCUGUCCUAACACUAGGAUUAGGUCGAGGCUGAUACAAAGUGUACACGCAACACAUUUAUCAUUUACCCACAACUAGAGUCAUUGUCAGUUAGGAAACCACUACCACUCAGGUGAUGGGAGAUCCCCAAACUGUCAAGAGCAGCUCAAGUGUCCUGAUUCAGUUAAACCACCAUUAGAUGUCAAGCUAACAGUGUUCUGUUAUGUUUUUCCUUCCCCAAGUCAACAGCUUCACGACAUGAAGAUCCAAGCCUUCUCUAAAGGGAAUAUACUGAUCAGAGACUGUUAGAUAAGUGAUAUAUUUAAUCGUUAUUCACCUGAUGAAGAUUGGAUGGUUUGUAUGUUCAGGCUGGUACCGUGUCGUAAUAUUUCUACUUCGAACCAGGAGAAAAGAAAGGACUGAGCUUUAAAGAAUGGACAAAUGGUGUAGAAGAAGAUCUUUCCUCACUGAAGCAGUUUGCCUUGGAAUAACCUCUCCCUCAGGUCUGAAUGCAGCACUCACCUUUGCAGCUGAUUAUUGGGCGUUACUCCUACAGCAGCGGAAAUACGGCUGAAUCGUGUCAAAGAGCUUUUCUAAAAGUGAUGACAGCGAGUCUAAAGUCCCGGGUCGUGUUUGAAGACUGGAUCCUCAUGUGGUUUGUAUGCAGCAGAUGGCUUGGUCAACUCUCUGGUAAGCUGAAGACUCCACGGCACCAGGAGGAAUGGAGCGUUUGCACUUUGACAUCUAUCAAAGGGAAAGGAUCUUGAAUGUGCUUUUUUAAAUUAAAUGAAUUGAUCAAUUUUAGAUUCUAGUCAGUGCCUGUUCUAAAACGUUUUUCUCAAAUCUUAGUUUCUGAAAUUAAGAUAACAAUUUAAGAUUUGUUUUUCCACAGUAAAUGAAAUUGGCUUGAGUUGAGUAUUUGUAUAAUAUAGAUUUGUCAUCAAAUAGUUCCAAAAUGGCUAAUGAUGCAAAGUAUUUUUUAUUUGAUCUUCAUUGAAAAAGUCUUUGUAAAACAGUUUUGUAUCUUUGCCAAAAAUAUUUAGAGUAAAGGCAAGUUUGUAAAUGGUGAUAUUCAGUUUUGUAGAUCAGGUGUUUUGGAACAGUGGGUUUUUGCUUCAGAACUCAGCACCUCAAAUAUGCUGUGGAAGUAAAAAUUUUAUUUUUUUUACUAAAUUGACACAAAAUGUAAUCUUUUACAUAUGGAGAAGACUGCAGAAUUAAUCCUUCUUUAGAUCUGAAAAAUUCUAAGCCACUGUCACAAACUAUGUAACAAGACCUACUGUCAAAUCACACCUGUAACAUUUGAAAACUGACUGACCCUGUUUUUUUCUCACUCUUACUCCUCCUCGUCCCCCCUCCUCUUCCUCACCUCCCCUCAAUCUGUCACCAGAGCAGCCGUGGAGCUGUGAGCGGGAAAGCCAAAGCCGCGGUCCAGACACUGCCGCGGAGAGCCAACUGUGAGCCACUCAAGCCCAAUGCUACAGAAACUAAUACGAGGAAAGCUUUAUAAUGAAAUGUUACAUUUACUGUUGCUAAUCCUAAUUUUUAUUAUUGUAUGACACCACUUCUCUUUAAUUUUCUGUUUGUUCAGAUGCACUUUUGUUUUUGAGUCCUACACUUUUGCUUUCAAACAUUGUCUUUUGUCGUUGUUUUAGUACAUGGAUGCUAAUGUGUUUUAGUGACAGUAAAACAUUUAAUGUUUAAAGUGGGUUUAGUCAAAAGUGUAACUGUGGCUAAAUAUGUAUCUGGAUAAGCAGAAAAACAUGUGAAGUCUCUAUAUUUUGACUUUUAAGCCUAAACCUGUCCCUCCACAGACCCUAAUGCUGUUAUGGUUUUAACAGUUGUUGGCUUGUGGCUCUCCACCCUUUACAAAUGCUGUCAGAUGGCUCAUGUUUCAAAAGUUAAAUCCCAGGUUUUUUGUUACAGUUGUGAAGUAUUCUCAAUGCUCAGAGUUUUCAGUAUUCUGUGCUUCAUCCUUCCAUCAGUCUGUAACUUCUCCCUAUGAUCUCUCCCUCUCUAGUUAUAUUUAUACGUAUUUUGCUUUUUCUUUCCCAACUCUCCUCUUCUUCUUGCUUCCCUUGCAUGUCCUCUCCCCCUUUGUCAUCUCAUACUUUGUUGCCAUGUGCGACGCAUCACUAGUUGUGUAUCGUCCUCCGCAUUUUGCUUUGUGAUUUUUGUUGCAGCUCACUAACGCCUAAAGGUUUACCCGCUCUCCCGUUCAUUUCAUAGGCCUCCACAGAAAAACUGCCAGCUUGUAAAUAUGUAAAUAUGAAACUUUUUUGAAAGUGAAUAAAAAUGCAAGUAUAUAGAA